CAGCGUCCCAGCAGAACGCUUCCACCGGGUCGGCUCGGGUCCGGACCGGGUUCUGACCGCCCUGUGAGUGGAUCCGCGGCUCCGCGGCGCUUUGGGGAGAUUUUACGCGCAGCUUUCUGUUUCAAAGCGGAGAAACUUCCAAACCCACGGGGGAAAGUUUUCACUUGGAGCAAACCGAACCGAUCCUCCUUCCUCGGAGUCGCUGCUGUGAACCCAGCCUGUCGGAACCGGGAUAUGUGUGUGAGCGGGUCGGAGAGGCGCGCCGGGCUCCGGGUCUGGGCUGCGCUGCUCGCCGCGCUGCUGUGGGCCGCCGCGGCGCAUGGAUGCCCACACAAGUGCAGCUGCUCCGGGUCGCAUGUGGACUGCCAGGGUCUGGGUCUGAAGACGGUACCCAAAGGAGUCCCGCGGAGCGCGGAGCGCCUGGAUUUAAACAAAAACAACAUCACCAGAAUCACUAAAGUGGACUUUUCUGGACUGAAGAACCUCAGGAUUCUCCACCUGGAGGACAACCAGAUCAGCGUCUUGGAGAGAGGAGCCUUCCAGGACCUCAGGCUGCUGGAGAGGCUACGCCUGAACAGAAACAAGCUGCAGUUCCUCCCAGAGCUUCUCUUCCAGUCCAACCCCAAACUGGGCCGAGUGUGAGUCCUCCUUAUGGUUCCCUCCUUAUGGUUCCCCCCUUAUGGUUCCCCUCUC